UUAUGAGGGCUAUUCAAGAAUUGGAUACCCUUUUAAGAGAAACUGAAACUGGCAAGAUUAAACUUAGUCUUACUCUUAAAGAUCUAGCAUAAUUGCAUCACUUAUAAUCCAGACUUUAGGAGUGUAAGUUUCUGAAUUCAAUCUAUUCAGAGGAGAGUAGAAUUAAGUAACAAUAUUAAAUGAAUAUUAAGAUAAUACCUUAGUAGAGCUGUGACAGUUAAUCUAUAAAUAUAAGAAGAAUUAUGUUAAAUUAUAGAGACAAAAAUGGAAUCUAUUACAGUAUUUGAUUUAAUAAAAUAAUCUAGUCAAACUUCAAUCAUUUAGAUAAAUUGAUUCUCUAUAUAUUGAAUUAAACAAUGAAUAAAACAACUAUGAAAAAUGUGCUUAGAUAAUUUAGCAAUAUUAUUUUGGGUAGCAAUAAUUUCACUUUGCUUCGAUUUUAAGAAAAAUCUGUAGAAAGUGUGUCUACUGAUGAAUUUAUUGAAGUAAAUUAAUAUAAUCAAAUUAGUAAUAACUAACAGAACAAUAAAAAUUACAACUUUAUUAAUAAUUUCAUGGCGAUCAACUUGAAAUCAUCACUUUCUAACCUACUGGGCAAUUAAAAUAGAUUUUCAAAUGCAGUUCUUUACAAAUUAUCAGAGUCCCAUAAAAAUUGAAUGCUUAAACUCAUUCUUCACUUAUUAUAUAUGAAACAUAAGAAUGUGCUAAAUUACCAUUAUCAAAACCUCAUUAAAUUAAAUUGAUUUGUGAUCAACUUAUUACUAUAGGUUAUGAUUAUUUAAAUGAGAAUUACCAGUAAACAUUUUUACUCAAUAUUAUUUUAGUAAAGAUGACUUAAUUAAUUCAGUUAGAGCGAUAGGGUAAUUUUUAAUUAAAAAUGCUCCAAUCUUAUUUUAGGAAUGCAUUAAAAUUGAAAUAGAAAGAAAACUCAACACUAAAUGGUAACAAUUUAAUAUUAUUAAAAGUGAAAUUAUAUAAUCAACUAAACACUCAAAAGACACUAGUUUUGCAAUUUUAGAGAAUUAAACUAAAUGUUUUAUACCAGUUAUGUCGAAUCAUGUUGUUUAAUUCUAUUUACAUAUGGAAAAUGUUUCAUUAGAUAUAAUUACUUUUGCAGAUUUUGUAUUUAUCCAUCUAAUCUAAAUUAGAUGUCAUAAUUAUGGUAGCAUUUUAAGCAUUCCUUAAGAGAAUUAAAAGAUAAAGAAUUUUUAUAUUAAAUAAUUGAGGUAAGUACACCAACAAAAUUAGUAAUUGCUUCAGAUUUACAUCUAAAUAUUAUUUAUUAGAGUGGUUCUGUUCCAUCAUCAUGGAAUUUUUUGGAUCUUAGUAAUUAAUAAAUAGAUUGUUAUUAAAACUUAACAGAAAUCAAAAUGGAAGAAAAUUAUAAAAGUAUGUUACUUUCAUCCUUAAAUGAAGUUUAAAAGAGUAAAAAAGGUGCAAUAGAUGCUGGUUAAAUAAUUUAUCAUGAUAAAUAUGUAGAUAUAGCAAUUUAUGUAAAAAAAGAUGAAAAAAAUGAAAUUAAUUAAUUUUUUAUUGUUUUUGAUUAACCAAAGAAAAGAUUUGAAUCACAACGUCAAUCUAAAAGUGAAAUAAAAGUAUCAGAAACUCUGGCAAGUUUAAAAUAAGAGAAGAUAGAAAAAGCAUGUUUAAUUUUAUAAGAAUAAUUAAAUUUGAAUCUAUAAACAGAAGAAAUUAUAGAUAUGCUAAAAGAACAUGCAUUAAUGACAAUAAUAGAAUAAAAAGAAUAAAUAACUGAAGAUAUAAGAUAAACUUAUGUUUUAGAAUAUUAUAGAAACUCUGAAUAAGUGUAAACUUAUCGCAGGACAAUAAGUGAACCCGAUACUCCUUUUGCAACUAAAACUUUGAUCUAAGAACAAUAAUUGACUAAUGCAAAAAGUAUUAAAUUAUCUAUAUAUAAAUAGAAAUGGAACUCUUUUAAUUAAGACCUGAUGAUUUAGAAAAUUUGAAUAAUUGGUGUUUUGAUAUCACAGUAUAAAAAGAUUAAAUAAAACAUUAUACUUGGGCCUUAUUUCAUUUAUUAAACUAUUUUGAUAAAUACUAGAUGUAUAAGGAAACAUUUUUUCAAUUUUUAGUUGCAAUAGAAGAGAGAUACAACAGUCGUCGUAAUCCUUUUCAUAAUUUUGAGCAUGGUUUUACUGUCGCUCAUGCAUGUUAUUAUAUGAUAAAGAAUAAACUAUUAGAUGAAUAUUUAGAUUAAACUGAAUAAUUUGCAGCAAUAUUAUCAUCUCUUUGUCAUGAUAUAGAUCAUUCAGGUAGAACAAAUGGAUUUGAAGUUGCAAGAAUGUCUAAAUUAGCAGUACGAUAUAAUGAUGAAAGUGUAUUAGAGAAUCAUCAUGCUGCAAUGACAUUUAAAAUAAUGUAAAGAGAAAAAUAUAAUAUUUUAUCUAAUUUAUCACAAGAAUAAUUUUAAAAAGUUAGAAGAUUUAUGGUUUCUAAUAUAUUAGCAACAGACAUGAAAAAACAUUUUGAUUUAGUUUCAUCAUUAGAGAUUAAAUAUAAAAAUGGAGAAAUGAAUAUAAUUAAUAUGGAAACUAAAAGAAUAUUAUCAGGAUUAAUUGUUCACACUUGUGAUUUAACAUAACCUACAAAAAGAUUUGAAAUUACAAAGAAAUGGUCAAUAAGAAUAUAAAAUGAAUUUGAUAAUUAAGUAGAAGAAGAAAGAUUAUUAGGAUUACCAGUUACUUAACAUUUAGUAUGCUAAAAUUUACCAAAAUAAGAAUUGUCAUUUAUAAGAGUAUUUAAUAUAUAUAUAAAAAUUAGAAUAUCAUUUAACCAUUAUAUACAUUAACAUCGUCAAUUUUGAAUAAUGGAUUAUCAGUUGCAUUAAAGUGUUUAGAAGAGAAUGAGAAAGAAUGGACAAAAUUACUGAAUUGAAAA